AUUGCUAUCGACCUAGCGAGGGUCAGACUGCACGCCGUUUUGCGCUCCGUAUGCUUGGAGAGACGUCUCUGUAAAAGAGAGAGAAAAAGUAAUAAUAAGUUAAAAGUCGUUGAAAGUGAAGGACAAAGAUAUUGUCAGUGAAAGAGAGUGGUAUAACAUUGCAUUUGAACUUUUAACGUAUGAGAAAGGGUUUGGCUAAGAUUUGAGUGCGACCGUAAAGAAGAGAAAUUUGUUAUCUGCGACCUCCUGUGGUGUACCGGAAGAAAGGGAUUAAGCGGGGUGGGUGGGGGAAGUGAUCGUCUCCCGAGGAUAUAUUUUUUUCGUCGUUCGGUAACUGAAAAAAGAAUAAUUAAAAGUGUGUCGCACCAUCUUCCCAAUUCCUCGUGUAACCAAAGCGCCCGGCAUUAUUUUUCCUUUGGCGAGCUUCUUCUUUGGCUAAAACCUUUUAACACAUCGCGUUGAAUUUGCGGGGUUUUGUUUAUAUCCAAAAAAGCUUGAGAAGGAGAGACGAAGAGUUCGCGGACCCCGGGGUCCGGAAUAAUGGACUCGCCCGUCAUCCUGGACACCGCCCCCGAAUUUGGCCGAGGGAUCGAAAUGGACCGCGUGUUCCCUCGUCUACCACAUACACCAUUCGCAAUGGCGUAGUCAACCCCAAUCACGCUCACCCGGUUUAAUUAUCGGCUGCUUUACGGGCGGAGUCGUUACGUCGUCUUCACUCGCAUUAUCCUAACCUCAUGUUGGUAGAGGUGCAGUAAUGAAUUGGACUUUUGACGGAGGACAAGAAAGUAAUUUGGGAUUUCCGUUUGACGACGACGCUGGAUUUGGACGUCGUACCGAUAUUCGCGCGCAUCUCGACGACUUGGCGUCACGACAUCCGGAAUUUGCUGAUCACCUUCUUGGACCACCCUGGGGCGACAUACCGUUCCAUGGUACAUUGAGGAAUCGUCGUCGCGGUUCUGGAACCGGCAGCUACCAGGGUCAUCCGGACGAGGACGCGAGGAGUCAGGCCAGUGGGAGUAGUGCAGCUAGCGCCGCGAGCGGCGCCAGUGGUGUGAGCUCGCACGGCGAACCGGAGGUUCAUCAUAAUACAACGCAGCCUGAGGAGACUGUGAGCCAGGAUACUCGUCGCAAUCCUAUACCGCAGUACGGUCUCAGAAACACUGUGGAUAUAGGUCAGCAUCGACACAAUAUGGAGAAUCCUGAUAAGGCUCUUCGUGGGCAGCGUUCCAUGUCGGCGCCACCUGAGAAUCGGCAGCCACACUUUCAGCAACAGUAUCCGCAACGUCAGUUUCAACAGCCACAACAGUUCCAGCCACCUCAGGAACCACAGUCUCAACAGUCACAGCAACAACAGACGCCACAGAAUCAGAGAUUUGUCUCCAGAGUGGAUAUUACACCUCAGCAACAAGCUGAAGCUGCUGGUAAGCCACCCAUGUCGCCAAAGACUCAACAACCUCAGCAACAGCAGCAACCGCAACAGCAGCAGCAGCAGCAGCAGCCUCAGCAGCAACAACAAAAAUCUGGACAGCAGGGUAAUGUCAGGCAUAUCCCUAUAUUCGUUGAAGGCAGAGACGAACCUGUGAUACCAAGAAAUGUGGAAGAACCAGCGUUCCCAAGACAGCAACAGUCUCCGCCGCAAUUCACACGACAACAACAAUCUUCACCGACCUUCCAGCAGACACCGCCUCAGUUCCACAGGCCAUCACAUUUCAAUCAACACUUUGGAAACAAACAGAACCCGUGGCCACCCCAGUUCCAGGAUCACUUUUACCAGCAACAGGCACCUUUUGAACAGCCUCGGUGGUCACAUUCUCAGCAGCAACAACCACCACAGCAGCAGCAUCAACAACCACAACAAAAGCCACCCAAUAAUUAUCAGCAACAGCAACAUCAACCGCAAAAACAACAGCAAAAGCAACACCAAGGAGAACAACAAUCAGAAGAACAACCGGAACCCGUGAAACUGAAACAGGUGCAGCCUAAAGAACCUCUAGAAAAGGUUGCCUUAGUGCAAAAGGAAGUUGACUCUUUGGCAGAUCAAGUCAAGGCGUACAAUGGAGAUUCCAGACAGGACAAGCAGUACAUGUACCUAGAUGAAAUGCUCACCAGGGAACUGAUCAAACUCGAUGACAUUGAAACUGAAGGCAAGGAAAAUGUAAGACAGGCUCGCAAGGUAGCUAUUAAGAGUAUACAGGACUGCAUCAGUCUCCUGGAGUCAAAGGUACCUCUACCAGGUCAGCAAAAACCUGAAAAGGAGUCCCAAAUGUCUGAAGACAAUACUACCAGUGAGUCGAUGGAAACAGAACAGGAGGUAAAUACUGUAGAGGAUAAUGGAAAGGCAAUUCCUCUACCGGCAGCACCAGGUUCACCGACCAAAGACACCUCGAAUCCAGAAAACAAGACUGCCAAUCAGGAACAGGAAAACGCAACAACAGACAAGACUGUCAAUCAAUCUGAAAACAUUGAACAAACAUUCGCCAAAUCGUCAGAACCCACUGAGAGUACGCCAGCUACUAAGGAUCUUUCGAAUACCCCAAUGGAAGUACAUCAGGAACAAUCCGUACCACCUAAGGAGGCUGCUCCUGCAACGGAAACCAAGGAAAUCAGCAAAACGGAAGUUAAUACUAAUACUGAAAAAGAAGAAACGAAGGGAGAAGACGACAAGAUAUGUAAGAAAGAAGAAACCUCAGCGCAACCUACGGAGAAGCCUGCAAAGUCGCCGAAGACGACCAAGAAGGUAAAGAAGACUAAGAAACAACAAGUUCCCGUUUCCGAAGAGGCGAUACCUUUGCCAGGGCCGAAAGACAACCAACAACCUACGUCUAAAUAAAUUCGUAGUAAUGAUGAUCACCCUCAUCGUGCCAUGGAUUUUAAACGCGAAAAAUUUUAAACACGUGUAUGCGCAUGUGCAUCUAACGACACUUUACAAAUUUUUAUGAAACGAUUAAAUGAACAAACAUAUACGACUUAAAAAGAAAAAAAAAACUUCCGUGACUCUUCGGUCAGAAUUCUCGCACGACCUGCAUCUUGUUCUUUUGUCUAGAAUUAAAUCGCGUAAAUUUACUAUAUAUUAUUUAUAAUUUAUUGUAUGUCCUUUGUAGAUAAGGGUCGAAGUGCGUAUACAUACUUGCAUAUGGAUGUAGUAAUCAUCUUUAGUACAAGGCUUAUGUAUACAUAGAUGGUAUAUAUGUGUAUAUGUGUUCCGACAGAAAGAAAAAAAAAUUAAAAAUGAAAAAAUGCGUCUUCUCCAACGAUCGAAUUUAUAUUAUUGUAAACUUUUUCAAAACUGCUAAGAAAAUAUUUUAAAUCUAUUAGUCAGUCGAAUAUACUCCUUUACAAGUUUCUUUGGCCUGUAUAAUUAGCACGUCAAUCUUUCUGAAAUACUCUGUUUUUGAAAACGUCUCUCAUGAUUGGUUAUCGAAUGACUUAAUAUACAUGUAUGUAAUUAAUAAUCAUUAUAUCAUUGAAUCUACGCGCUUUUAUGCGUGCAGAGUUAUUGCAGAUAAUCCGUGCCUUGUUCAACAAUGAAGAAUAAAAAAAUAAUUGAAAUGUCCUACAACAAUUCCUAGCCGAAAAAUAAACGUUAUUGCGCGAUAGCUUGACUUCCAUUGUACUGUUUAAGCCGCUUUUUUGACAUCUUAAUAAAGUGAAAGAAAAGCAAGAAAGUUAAGCCAACGUUUAGAGUGAUAUUAGUUUCCAGUAGAUAUCUUGGCUAGUCGUUCUUUCAUUGAGAGUAAGAGAAUUUAAGAGUGAAAGAAGAGAGAAAUACAGGAGAAAGUCUCUUGAAGCGAUUGGUUGGGUACUCCAUUGUUACAUGAUGACAUACGAAUGCUGUUUUUUAUCCUCUUGCAGGAUGAGAACAACGAAUCACUUUUGUUUCUUCUUUUCUAUAAGAUAUUACCUUAUUAUAAUAAUACCUAGAGACGAUAUAUAUAUACUUUGCGCCUACAUUUUGUAUUGUUCUGAGAUAAGUAGAGUGUUGUACAAAUGCCCAGAGCAGAAGUGUAAUUAUUUUAUCAAGAAGCGUAAUCGAAGUAAAAAUAUAAACUUAUCCUUCCACUUU